AUGUCCGAAAUAAACAUAUCUAUAUCUUCUAACAAUGGCACUCCAUUGCACUGUUCAACUUUCAAUAAGUUAUCCGAAGAUGAGACGAGCGACGAAAACAAUGAAAAUGCAUAUGUAAACGAUGUAAUGAACAAUAUGAAGGCUAGCACAGAUAAUGCCGAAAAAAUAAAUCUAGCUAAAACGAACAACUUGAUCGUAACAAAAAAUCAUUGCACCGGCCAGAGAGACGAGAACAAAAACAAAUUGCCAAAGCUGAAAAUAAUAAACAACAAUGAAAUAAACAGCCCAACGCUAAGCUUAGUAAACAGUCUCUCAAAGGAACAAUCUGCGAUGGAGAAGAAUAUCUGCGAGUCGGUGAAAACGAAGGAAUCAAGUCCAAGCACGCCGAAAUACAAUAAACCAAUCAUGGGCCGACUUGCUCUACUCAAAAAAGCGAACGUCGAAAGAAACGACUCGCUAAUCAUUCACGAACUGAUAACCAACAGAUACAACGGCGUGUUGAACCAUUAUUACAACCGCAUGUACCAAAGAAGAAAAUCGAAGAUAGACUCGUCGGAAGACGAGUACAGCGACACAGUAUUUUCUUCGCCUCCAAAUUGUUCCCCCUUAAGUGUCAGUUCCAUCGAUACUCCUAGCAGCGGAAUUCCCGAUGAAAGAAACAGAUUCUAUUUCCCACGAAACAUAAAGGAGCAAACAAAGGAUCUGAGAUUUUUAAAAUCCACCGAUGAUGUCAAUAUCGACACAACUGCAGAGGAUUUAGACGCGUCGUCCUUGAAUUCUUCGGCUAUCAGUAAUGAUAAGUAUAUGACAAGUUUUUCGGAGUACGACCCAACCAAGUUCUUAGAGAACGCGAUUGGGGAAGUGACGAACGUGUCGAGUGAAUCGGGAAUUGCCAAUGAUGAGCACGAAACAAAAGAAACUAGUCGAAAAACAGAAAACUCUAUUGUGGGACCUUCUGACAUAUCAUCCCUUCUUUCCAGAGCGAGUUGUCUGUAUAGUUCAGUCAAAAACAGCAUGAGAAGGAACUCCAUAAACCUGCGAGAGACUCCUCAAAAUCAAGAUCACGCCAAGGACAACCGUCAGUCUGUUGUUUCUGAUAACUCUUUAUCAGACUACCUAAUGAGAGAACUCUCACUUCAAAAUGAGAUUUUAUUUCAAGUUUCGAAGGCACUCAACUAUUGCAGGACAAUGAAAGGAUUUGAGACCACUGUAGAAUUUAUAGAAGCAGAAAAAAUAUUAUUAGUUGCAUUAUGCACAAAAGCAGCUUUAACUAAAGAAAUAGAGAAUGUAGAUGACGAUACAUAUGAAAAGAAGGAUGAUCCUAGAAGUUGUGGGCAAAUAAAUCUAACCAAUUUAAGAUUUUCCCCAAGCGAUGAAUUUAAAAAUAAUACACAUGGAGAACCAACAGAACAAUUUGUUGUGAUUUUAACUUGUGGAAGUACAGUACUUGCAAGUGACGUUAUUGUAGCGACAGAAAGUGGAGAGGUGUACACAGAGAAAAGUUUUGAGUUUAAAAAUUUACCUACAGACUUUGAAAUUUCAGUAUGUAUAUAUUCAAUGAGGCUGCAACAUAAGUCGCAUCAUAAUAGGGAACAAACUAACUGCCCUUCGGCGAAAAAAUUUUUCCUAAAUAAAGUCUCAAGAAGGUACAAGAUAAGAAAUGAAAGUUUGUACAUCAGGCCUUCGUCUUUUCUUUUAUGCGGAAAAUGUGAUAUAAGAAAUCCAGACUUAUCAAAAAUUAAGUCUAGUAAUGACACAUCUUCGUCCAAAACAUUAAAAAUGCACAACAUUCCACUCAACUGUUCUUUGUCAGGAAUGUUUUCGGUGAACAUUACCAGUAGUGUACAACUAAACAACAAAAUGAAUGGCUUUCUAACCAUAGGCUUGGAUAAUGAGCAUGGUUGUAUUAUUUGGAAUGUGAGGUGGUGUGUGCUGGAAAGAACCGUCUUAAAAUAUUGGAACCACCCCUCGGAAGAAGUUACUAAUCCCCUAGGAAGCUUAGAUCUAAAAUAUUGUGUGGAGCAACAAAUUUCUGCUGUAGAUAGAAGUUUGUGUGCCCGACCAAGAACCAUUAUGGUUCCUGUUAAAUACAAGGAAGGAGAGAGAAAAUAUUUAUUAUCAGCCGAUAAACUUUCUGAUAUGAAGCAAUGGGAAACGGAGCUUAAUUAUGUUUUGCGUGCUUUAGACAUUUGGAAUUGUGGAGGUGCCAAGAUACCUUGAAAUACACGAAUAAUGGAAGUCUCCACAUUUUACAAUAACGAACAAGGAACACUAAUGUAAUAAUUCUUUUUGAAUUAUAACUAGAUAAUUUUAAUUAAACUUAACUUUCACUGUUUUCAAUAAAAUAAAGUAUUGUUUUUGUAUU